GAGAUCCAGUGUGUUACUGCGAGACUCUCGGCAGGCGAGGCAGGCAGAGGCUGCAAAAACAUACACAGCAAAAGCCAGCCAGUCAGUGUCUCAGAGGAAAGGCAGCCCUCAGCUAAAAAAACUCGAGCCUCUCUCACUCCCAGGCGCACACGCACACAGUCCCCGCUGCGCAAUCCCAGCGUGCCCACUGGAGCGCUCCUUCAGACGGAAGGGCUCGCGAGUUGGCAUCACAAUAAACCGCUGCUGCUGCUGCCGCUGCUACAGACGCUUCUAUUCUACUGCCUCCAAAAAACGGUUCGCUUCUUCAACACUUUGCCCCCAUCAUCCAUCUGCACCCCCGGUCCGUCCUUUUGCACGUUGACUUUCUUUUUUUUUUUCUUUUUUUUUUCCACUGUACUAUACUUCAGAGUUUCAGAGGGGAAGGCGAACCAAUCGGGUUGAAUGCAGGACAAUAAUAAUAAUAACGUGAGCGUCUCUUCAAACUUUGCACUCGGACCUCUGGUUUCUUCCACUCUGGCAAAAGAAACUUUAGGAUUGCAUUUAUUCUCCUCCUUCAGCAACAUGAAAUCGGCGGAAGAAGAAGCCUUCGGCUAUACAAGUUCCAACAUCAGCAUCUCCUUACCUCUGGGGAAUCCCUGUCUGGUCACACCCUACAACAACAUACAGUCCAGUCCUGUAAUUUCUGUAUCUUCCGGUCAUCAGGCGACGUAUGGCGGCCAUGUGGAUAGCCUAACCUCGAGCUACUGUCUCCCACCUAUUCGGCCGAAUGGAGCUCCAGCUUUGGAAAGCCCCAGGAUUGAAAUUACCCCUUACCCAAUCGGGCUACACAGUCAAUACAAUCAAGAGGAUGAGGCCGAAGAAAGCAUCCCAAGUGCUAAGAGAGCAAACUCGAUUGUCACUCUGUCGUUACCGAAUGCCGACAACUACAGGGAUCCCAGCUGCCUCAGUCCAGCAAGCAGUUUAUCUUCUAGAAGCUGCAAUUCCGAAGCUUCUUCUUAUGAGUCGGGCUACUCCUAUAAUUAUGACAACUCCCCCCAGAAUUCACCUUGGCAGUCUCCUUGUGUUUCACCUAAGGGCACUGCACAAGAUGGACUGCCAGCAUGCACGCUUAUCAACUCUCCAAGACACUCUCCAUCUACGUCUCCCAGAACCAGCGUCACGGAUGAGACCUGGUUCACCACACGCAAUUCACGUCCUUCUUCGCCUUGUGGGGGGAAGAGAAAGUACAGUUUCAACGGCGUCUCCUACAGGCACCAGUCAUAUUCUCCUCAGCACUCUCCGACACCCUCGCCACAGACCUCUCCCAGGGUCAGUGUGACAGAUGAGACUUGGUCUGUCACCACCAAUCAGUACACCAAUUCUGCCAUUGUGGCAGCCAUCAAUGCCCUCUCCACCGACAGCAGCGUUGAUUUGAACGAUGGCAUCCCAAUGAAGUCUAGAAAGACCCACAAUGACCAUAGCCCCACUAUGAGCUUAAAAGUGGAACCAGGUGGAGAUGAUGGCAGCACGAUUCCUUCCCCCUUGGACUUGGGAGUUGAAGAAUUCCAAAAUUCUCGAAUGCCCUUCAAGAAAGAGCAUUUCUGUGGGGAGUUUUUGUCGGUGCCACAGAAUCCCUAUACGUGGUCAAAGCCAAAGCCAUAUAUCAGCCCCUCUUUGCCUGCACUUGACUGGCAGCUGCCAUCUUGCUCAGGACCUUAUGAACUGCAAAUUGAAGUGCAGCCCAAAUCUCAUCACCGGGCUCAUUAUGAGACGGAAGGAAGCAGAGGAGCGGUAAAGGCGUCUGCUGGAGGACAUCCUGUUGUGCAGCUUCACGGUUAUAUGGAAAACGAGCCACUCACCCUCCAGCUGUUCAUCGGGACAGCAGACGACCGCCUGUUGAGACCACAUGCCUUCUACCAGGUCCAUCGCAUCACCGGCAAGACCGUGUCGACAGCCAGCCAUGAAGUGAUGCUCUCUAACACCAAGGUGCUGGAAAUCCCACUCUUGCCUGAAAACAACAUGAGAGCCAUAAUCGAUUGUGCUGGAAUCCUGAAGCUGCGAAACUCCGAUAUCGAGCUCCGCAAAGGGGAGACAGACAUCGGUCGCAAAAACACUCGGGUGCGAAUGGUCUUCCGGGUGCACAUAAGUCAACCUAAUGGCCGAACCAUCUCUCUGCAGGCAGCGUCCAACCCCAUCGAGUGUUCCCAGCGAUCGGCCCAAGAGCUUCCACUGGUGGAGAAACAGACUUUGGACAGCUUUGCAGUCACUGGAGGAAAGAAGAUGGUUCUGAAUGGACACAACUUCCUUUCUGACUCCAAAGUGAUCUUUGUGGAGAAGGCCCCAGAUGGCCACCAUGUAUGGGAGAUGGAGGGAAAAGUUGAUAAGGACGCCUUUAAGCCAACCCAGCUUCUGGUUGAGAUCCCACCCUACCGAAAUCAGAGGAUAAGCAGUCCGGUCCAAGUGCAUUUUUACGUCUGCAACGGGAAGCGGAAGAGAAGCCAAUACCAGCGAUUCACGUAUCUUCCAACCAAUGUUCCAAUAAUAAAAACGGAGCCGACAGAUGAUUAUGAACUCUCUCCGAUCUGUGGACCGGUGGCUCCUGGACUAAGCACUGUAUCUAAAUCUUUCUACAACCAGCAAGUUCUGACCACCCUGAUGCCUUCAGAUCCCAGCCCUUGCUUCAUGGGAAAUUUUUCAUCCUGCCACCAGAGAAACACUGUGAUGCUGUCAGGGUCCCCCACUUUGAACUCUAACUCCAAGCUGAACGAGCUCUCCUCUUCCGCCUACAGCAAAUGCCUUAGCAGCAUUGGGCACAACCAGCUUGCUGGCGUCCAGCAGCCCAGUGCAGGUGUUCCUAUUAUCCAGGAGGUGCCUUCAAGAGCCAUAGAUGUGCCCUCAAGCUCCCCUGAUCAGUCAUCUCUCAUCAUGCUGCAGCCUCAGGUGAGUCGCCAUCUGAGCAGUAAUUCUCAUGACUUGCGACAAACUCUCUAUCCCAACAGUCCGUCUUCUUCUCCGGUUCCUUCCAAUACCCAGGAGGCACCCUACGGUCAGGCCUACAGCCCAUCCCAUUCCUCAACAUCCAUGACCCAAGGACAGCAGCACCAGAAGACUCCACAAAACAGUCCUCCCACAAAUCAUCUGGGUUCACUGCCAGGCUUAGAGGAAGAAAACAGUGAGACCUCAUUGCCAGUUACAGUCAAGCGAGAGCCAGAAGAGCUGGACCAGAUGUACUUAGAUGACGUAAAUGAAAUCAUAAGGAACGAUCUUUCAAGCACCUCCAUUCACAGCCAUGCAUAAAGUUUCAAGCUAUCCUAGGAAUUGCUGAAAUCAUCCUGGAAAAGGAUAAAAAAAAAAAGAAAUCUCCAAAGCACAGUGACUUAUUAAAACACAUGAAAUAUGCAACCAAGGAAAACAAUCAUACACGUGUAACUGCAGGAAUCGUAUGUAAUCUCAUUUAAAUGACUAACUGAUCUUCCAGCCUUGUUGAAUGUCUUAAGAAAAAAAGCCUUACCUCUGUCAGCAACAGUACACAAAGAACCUGAUGGCCUUAAACAAAGACACGGACUAACUCCUUGAUAGGAUUAUUUUUAUUGUUGUUGUUUUGUUGGCUUUUUUUUAAUAAAAAUCAAUUUACGAAAAAAAAAAAAGGAUUGGACUUCACAGCCAAUAAGGAGAUUGGACUUCAACGCCAGCCAAUUAGGAGACUGCACCUGUUCCGACCCGUCUGUGGCACAGUUUGAUUAAACGUCUGAUAGUUGGUGGACGUGCCUUAAAGUUUUCUUAUAUUGUACAAACAAAGACAAGAUGCAUGUAAGAGACAUUGAACGUGAGGACACUCAUUUUUUUUUUCUUUAUAAGAAAUUAUGUUUACAAGUAAAUCAAAAAAGAAAUCGAUAAAUGACAUUUACGCUUGUGCUGUGCUUUAUUUUAUUUUAUUUUUUACUAUAAAUGUAAAUGUUCUUGGUAUAAGGUUUGCUGUUAUUGUAUUCCAGGCCUUCAUCCAAAUUUUACGAAGCUUCUCUCUUAGGCGAGAAGUUUUGCUGCAGAAACUGUAAAGUCAAUUCACUGCCAAAAGGAGUUUAUUGUUAGAGUGCCUUUUUACGGCUCUCCUUGUCAUGCUUCCUGCGAUCGAUCAGUUGUCACUGAUCAUCUCCAUAAAACGUGAUAUUGACGUACAGUGCACUCAUUUUUACAGAAGGCUACGUGACAAAUACUUCUGCUUAAGUGCAGAACUCAAUCCGCCACAGUGCCUGUCGAAGUGUUGUACAGAUGUCGUUUCAGAACGACGAGACAAACGCACGACCAUCUUAUUCAUUGAGGCGAGUUAGACCCAAGUUUAAACAGCACAAAUCUGAGACUUUAACACAAAGCACAUUUAACUGCGUAAAGUGUGAUCUGAAAUAUUUAUGUGCAUAUCAUCAACAAACCGUUAGACUCGUUAGUAAUAUUUUAUGAAUCUCAUACUUUUGAUACUAAAUUAUUUAAGCAGUCUGAUCAUUUGUCAGAUCUUCACAACAUCCUAAGAUGAAGUAGUGUUCGUGACAUCUUUAUUAUUUCCUUCUCAUCUCUGAAUGGAAAAUAUAUAUAUAUACAUAUAAACCAUGUUAUGUCAUUUUAUUUAUUUGGCAGCAGCCUUUAACCGAGAUGGCAAUACUAUACAAGUGUUCCUUUAUAUUUUAUUUUUUUACAGCAGGAGAUCAACCUGGUUAGGCUACCUACAAAAAUAUUAUAAAAUAUAUUCUCACAGACAGCCGUAGAAUCAUCGACCACAUAAAUAAGUUGUGUGGUAAGAAGUAGGACUUGAGGGAUGUUCGAAAGUCAACUCAGUGUGUUUAGGGAAAUUAAUCUGACGGGACUGACGAGCUUUGUUGACCUGAAAGACCUGUUCUCGUAAAAAACUGUUGAGAAUGUGUAAUGUUCAGGACCACAUUUCGACAUUUCGCACUUUGUAAUUGUAGACAGUAUCAACAAAUCGAUUAUGAAAAACUUGUUUGAAAUAUAUCACAAAUCUCAUAGUUUUGAUAUGAAAUUAUUGAAGUAGUCUGAUCAUUUGUCAUAUUUUCACAACCAUCGGCUUCACAACAUCUUUAUUUUAUCCUUCACUUCAUCGAGGUGAGUUAGACCCAUAUUGAAAUAGCACAAAUCUGAGACUUUUACAUAAGAUGCAUUUAACCGCGUGAAUGGUAAUCUGAAAUAUUUCAACAAAUCGAUUUACGUUAAACUCGUUAGUAAUAUUUUGUGAAUCUCGUACUUUUGAUACUAAAUUAUUUAAGCAGUCGAAUCGUUUGUCAAAUCUUCACAAUAUCUGUAGCAGAUGAAGUAGUGGUCACAACGCCUUUCCUUCACAUCCCUAAUUGGGAAAAGCAAAUUCUAAGACUGUUAUGCCAUGUUGCGUCUUCACUAUAUUUAUUUGGCAGCUGCGUUUAACUGAGAUGCUAAUACUACACAAGAGUUUCUUUAUAUUUUUUUACCGAUGGAGAUCGGGCUGGUUUGGUAACUUGCACAAACGUUAGAAAGUGUAUAUUCGCACCGACAGCCAUAGAUUCAUGGAACAGAUAAACAAGUCGCGUGGUCGACAGCUGGACUUUAGGAGUCUCCGAAAAUCAUCUUGAUGUUUCAGGAAAUUAAUCCGAUGGGAUUGACAAGCUUAUUUGGCUCACGUGGCCUGUUCUCAUAAUGUUCUAAUGCUCGAGACCACUUUUCGCACUUUGCAAUGCAAGAUUUACGAAAAACUCAUUUGUAAUAUAUCACAGUUCUCGUAGUUUUGCUAUGAAAUUAUUUAAGCAGUCUAAUCAUUUGUCAGAUCUUCACAAUAUCUUAAGCGGACAAAAUAGUGUUCAUGACAACUUUAUUGCAUCUCUGACUUCACUGAAUUGGAAUAACAAACUUUAAGACUGUUAUGCCAUUUUACCUUAUUAUAUUAAUUCAGCAGCUGCCUUUAAUCAAAAUGGUUAUGCUAUACAAGAGUUUCUGUAUAUUUUUUUACUGAGAACAGAAAAACAAGUUGUGUGGUCGACAGUUGGACUUUAGGAAUUUUCGAAAGUCAACUCAAUGUUUGGAGAAAUUAUGCUGAUAGGAUUGACGAGCUUUGUUGGGCCGAAUGGCCUGUUCUUGUCAAAUCUAUUGUGAAGUUCUAAUGUUAAGGACGAUAAUUUCACAUUUCGCACUUUUUGGAACUGUAGACAGCAUCAACAAAUCGAUUACGGAAAACUUAUCUAUAAUAUCAUACGAAUCUAGUAGUUUUGAUAAUAAAUUAUUUAAAUAGAAUAACAGUUUGUAAAACGUUACCAAUAUUUUAGACUGAUUAUUUCAUCUGUAUCAUAACAUUUUAAAUGAGAAUCGCACUCUUACAGUGUCUAUGUUCAAUAAGGCAGACGACAACAAGCGGCCUAAUGUGUUUUGUGUGAGAAUCUCGCAGAUCUCGCAAACAAGUUACCAGGCACCCACUUAUCUGUAUACAACAGCCUGACAGGACUCUAUCUAGUUUUGACACUUGAGUGUCUUUUUUGACUAAUGUUUACCCUUUCCUUGCCCGUCAAUUUCAUUUCUAGGCAGAACAGAUGGCUAAAAUUUCAACCCGAUUUUAACAACCAAAAAUGAUCUCAAAACAUCUGUGAAAAAAUCUCAGAUUACUCGUGUCGCAUAAUCCAAAUGUCAGUUAUCCAGCUGUAUGCUCAGAAAACUCCUAACACCAUCCAUCCAUCCAUUAUCCAACCUGCUAUAUACCCUAACUACAGGGUCACGGGGGGUCUGCUGGAGCCAAUCCCAGCCAACACAGGGCGCAAGGCAGGAAACAAACCCCGGGCAGGGCGCCAGCCCACCACAGGCUAAAUUAACCAUUUCUGUAAAAUCUUCUCAUGGGUGACAAAAAAAUAUGCGUGUUGUGGAUGUUGUGAACAUAUGAGUGGGUAACCGACAUGUGGAUUAUGCAAAGUAAUUCGAGAUUUUUUUUUAAGGGAUGUUUCGAUGUUGCUUGCUUUAUUGUUAAAAAUCUGGAAGCCCGUUGUAUCUGGAAUUUUGUUAUCUCUGUUCUGGAUGAAAACAUGUAGUUAAAAGUUUUUAUUCUCAGCCAUCAGUACCUAUAGUGUGAGGUGAGUAAUGCAUCCCUUUUUGGAUGGAGUAUUCCUUAAAAAGUUAAACGCUGUAGUCUACGAGUCUACUGAGUGCUGAAUUUUACAUAACGUUUUUUCCAAUAUGAGCUCGAUCUCGACACUGAUUUUAGGAAAUGGUCGCUUAUUUCGCUGUAAAUGGCAAACCGAACAGUCGACUGAUAAAUGUAUUAUGGAGAAGUCUUGAAAUCUUUACAAAGUGGCGCUUCCUUUGAGUACGACUUUUCGCUAACACCAGAAAGCCACUCCACCCAUAAAUGUACUCAGUUUUUUUGCGGUUUGACAUUAAAACUUUAAAAUCCUGACAAUCCAAAAAAAAAAAAAUCUUUCAUCAACACCACACAUAUUUUGAAUUACAUUUUCAUGAAACCAAAUUGCAACUGCUUGUAAAUAUAGCACUUUCGUUCAUUUUAUUUCUUACUUUUGUGAAGUUAAUCCAAAUCUCGGACAAUCUUUCUUGGCUUACUCCAAGAUCUAGCAAUAGCAGCUCAGUUGAUACCAAAGCCUUGAGAACUUCCACCUGCUAGUCACAGUCCUUCACCAUGACGUAAUAUUUUCAGUUUGCGAGUAGGAUGGCUAAGAAGCUAUGCAAGUGUCUCAUAGUGAGAAUUCAGUUGCGAUUUAAAUGACCUUUUAAAAUUAACUUGCUAGCAAACCAGUUGAUCUUUAUAUGUUUAAUGGAGUUCAGAAUAAAAUGCUUCAUUCGAUACUAAGUAGCAUUUCUAUAUAGUAGAUGUGUAUCAUUUUAGGGCAUGUCGAUCCUAUGCAUUAUAUUAUAAAUUUAGAUUCAUAUAUACAGUGAACAGCAUAUUGUAUGCAAAUAAACAGUUAACAUUUUUACGUGUGUAGAGUAGUUUGUAGCAUGGUUUCAUUUGUAUAUAGAUAUCGAUGAAUAUAAAUUAUUGUGCCUUAGCCGGUCGAUCGUGUUCUGUGCUAGACCUGGUUACAUUAUUACUGAGUCACGUCGGUUUGGUUUUAUUUUUUUCAGGCUUCUGAUGCUAAGGCACAUGGUGAAAUGUAUUUCCUUCUAAAUAUAAUGUAUUUAUGGGAAUUUAAAGAAAUGAUGUUUUCUGUAUUCACAAUGUCUUACUUGUGAUGCCAUAUUGGUAAUAUUUGCACAUUACUGUGAACUCUAAAAUGAAAUAUGGCUUCUAAUCCUGGGGAUGUAUGUAUAGGAGUUAUCCAGAUGACCCGUAUCUGUCUAUGUAAAUUGUUUUAUUGUACUGAUAGUUCUCAGAUCUGUAAGCCUAACUUUUGCAUGUAUGUUUCUUUUAUAAAGGGCUGACUUUUUCUGUGCAUGCGGUCAGAUUUUUUUUUUUUUCUAUUAACAAAAGUUACCUCAUUAAAGGAACCUUUCAUGAGGUGAUGAACUGACUUUACUGUGUGGUAUGCAGCAGUUCACAUGGACAGGCGGAAACGUCUAAAAAAAAAAAAAAAUAAGACCCAUAAUUUGAUCAAGCCAGUCUCUUUCUCCCUCUCUCUCGUUUUGGUCAAGGACAGCCAUACGUCAAGUCUGGGUUUCUCCCAGAAUUCUGUCAAAAACUGAUCCAAAGCUUGUGUUUCUCCCCAAGUUCUCUGAAAA